AUGCCUCCUGCUGCCACCGAUGCCGCUACUGCUCCUCCUGUCUUGAGCACAAUGCCGGAUGAUGACUUUAGCUGGCAGAUCACUCUCGGUAAGAAGGUCGUCGCCAUCACCGGUGCCAACCGUGCCAAUGUGGUCUACUCUCUCGACCUGAUGGAGCCCGGCGAGGAAUUCGCCGCCCUGCAGAAGCGUUACCCCAACUUCCACUUCAUUCAAACAGACGUGACUUCGGAGGAGAGUGUUGAGAAGGCCAUCAGCCAGGUCGUCGAGAAGUCUGGUCGUAUUGACGGUCUUGUUGCCAAUGCUGGCAUGACCAAGCAUCAGCCGGCACUCGAUUUUGACCGACCUGAAUUAGAGAAACUGUUCAACCUCAAUGUCUUCGGCGCCUACUUCUGCGCUCAGGUUGCUGCUCGCAAGUUCAUCGAGCUUGGCAUCAAGGGAUCCAUCGUGAUGACUUCGAGUAUGACCUCUUACCGACCUAACCGAGCUGCUCCCUCUGCUCCCUAUGGCGCGACGAAGGCUGCCGUUCGCAAUAUGUGCCAUACCCUCGCCAUGGAAUGGAGCAAGCACGGAAUUCGGGUCAACAGCAUCUCCCCCGGUUUUGUGCGGACGGCAAUGACCUACUACGUGGAAAGGUCCCCCGAUUGGGAUUUGAAGAUGCAAUACUAUGGCGGCAUGCCUCGUCUGGCGGAUCCUCGCGAGUUGGGAGGUGCCUAUGUGUAUCUCCUCAGCGAUGCUAGCUCCUAUACGACUGGUAUCGACAUUCCGAUCGCGGGUAUUGUCGGCGCUUGGUAA